CCUGGAUGCAGCUGGGAGAAACCCCGGGCGUUGCGGCUGUGUAUGGGCGCUGGUGGCUGUUUACACAUCGUUAGUCCGUCCCCAAAAGCAGUUCGCCAAUGCAGUUCAUGCAAAUCAUCACGGAACUGCUGGAAGGAACCGCAAACGCAAAAAACUUGGGCAACGAAGGCCGGCUGGCUAGAUGAGACACAUCUUCCGUUCCCGGAUUGCUGCGCUCUUUUAUUCGUGCUGUUUCCCGCCCUCGCCCCAGCGUUCUCCCUAUCACACUACCCAAGAAGCGUUCAUGCGGCUGACGAACCGCUCCAUCGCGGGUGCAGGGCUGGAGAAGAAAGCCUUUCGCAACCUGAUAGUCCGUUAGUGACUCCCGCUCGGGUCGAACUGUGCAGCAUUGUUGAUGAUUGGCGGGCGUGCUGGGGAUGACCGCCGUGUUGCAACCAACAGCCGACGACAGCGAACGCCCCGGUUAUCUCAGCUACUUGGGCCAUAGUGAAUUUUCAAUUGCCCGAGUUCCCUACUCCCUUUGCCCACCGAAAAGUUUUAUAUCGCCUGAUUAGAAUUUAGUCCGCUGGAGAUUCCGGGCGCGGGACACGGCCCAAAAACAAUAAUGGCGCUGCCUGAUAUCGCGCGAUGGAUGCUUGUUCGUGAUCUUUUUUCUUCAUUUGACUCUAGCUAGUUAACUAGUUAGCUGUUCCCGGACUUGGCUUGGACAACGGGAUUGCUUGGUGACGACCUGGUUGUGACCCGCGCAGGGGCUUGGCUGUGAAUUGGUGAAAGAAGGAAAAGAAGUGUAUCAAAUUUGACACCGACAAGUAACUAACUUAACACAGGGACAUGAAAAAUGAUUAAAUUAAAUGCAAAUAAAAAUUAACAAA